AUGGGUCUUCACAAAAGGCGCACUCUAGCCGCCGAGGAGUUCCUUAAGAGCCUAUUAUAUUAUUCGCAGGUCCUUGUUUUGGAUUCUCUGGUCAAAAUCAAGGGUAGACUCCAUGUUUACGCUUACACACCCGCCUCGCCAAGCAGUAAGCCCGUUCAGUCCAUUGGCUCAAAGCUGACUGAUGCACAAUCGGCCUUUACUCGCUUCUCAAGUGUCAGGGCAGAUGUGUUGGCGACAGCAGGCUUCAAUUUUGUUUGGAAAGCUCCACAAGUAGGAGACAAGGUCCCGACGGCCAGUCCAUACCAACUACUAUACCAGUUGGCAUGUAUCAAUAAAAUGGCGUCCGCCCCAACUGAUCACAUAACGCGUGUCCUGCUCUCUUCUCUCGAUAUGCAAAGAGGUUUGUCGCUGCCUGACCUACCGCCGGGUAUAGAGAGGGUCACUUUUGGCAAGUGUGGACGACCUACUAUGCUCUUUGUCGCAGCAACCGAGGAUCGAUCCCGUGUCGUCUUCGGCGCAAACCAGACAUCAUGGGGCGGAUUGACGGCCGUGUCUGCCAUUACCAGGAAGGCACGCGACAUUCGGCUCCAGGAGUACAUCCCACUGGCACUGAGGGCUUUCCAGGCACUCCGCCAAAAGGAGGAGAAAGAGCUGGCUUAUCUUCGAGGCCACCAGGCAACUCGUGCUCUUGGAGAGAAAGAGCUCAAAUAUAUGUCUCGUUUAGCAGCGAUAGGGCAAAUGAGGGGGGACGACAGCUUUCUAGGUGGCGAAAAUGAGAUUGGCAUCGCCCUUCAACCACCGAAGUGGGCGUUUCAUCAGCCUUGCUAUGUCUGCCAAGGGAUGAUGGGGUACCAGUCCCCAAACCCACCCCCUCUUGAAAAGCAGCGGAAGAGCUAUAUUCUCCAAUUCGAUUAG